UGUCAGACUUCAGUUCAGAGACAAACUAGAAUUACUAAUUAUUGUCCUGUCUUGUCGUGUUAUUUCUGGUGUUAUUUACGGUUUACUGUUUUAUUUUUCUAAUAUAUUUAUAAUAAAUAAGUAAAUUUAAAAAGUUCUAACUUCAACUAAAUUUGGAUUAAAAUAUAACUCUUGAUCGACAGUCUCAAAUAAUCGUAUUUUUUUUUAAAUAUAACAAUAAUUAAUGAGUUCUUAUGUAAUAAAUGAGUAUACUAGGAAGUUAUAAUCUAAAGUGGUAUAAAGAUGGAAAAAGAAGAACGUAUUCAAAGGAUAAAAGCUGGUGCAUUUUUAGCCUCAGUUGCAGGGGUUUCUGCAUUCAUAGGUUUUAGUGCCACACUUUCAACAGCCAAAAAGACUGACCCAAAAUAUUUUAAUAAAGGUUUACAUAGUGUAGAAUUAGCAGAUACCGGUGCUUUACUUGCCCUGAGAGCUCUUGGAUGGGGCACUUUGUAUGCAAUAACGGGCACAACUUGCUUAUGUUAUGGAAUAUGGAAACUGUCUGGUGCGAAAGAUCUAAAGGACUUUAGAGUUAAAAUGGGACAGAUUUUGCCAGCUUUGCCGAAAAAUGAUCCACCUCAAUCAAGAACAGAGUUUAGUGGCAUGAAUGAUUUAUUAACUUAUUUAUCAGAGGAGUAUGGUAAAAAAUAAAUUAUGACUAAAUAUUGUAAUUUAUCAUAUUAAAAUAAACAAAAUAUAUUUUAACAAA